GCACGCACGCGCGCACUCACUCACGCUCGCGGAUCCAGACGCCACGUACAGACAGUUCAGAGUAGAGUCAUCAUGCCCGUGGCCGCCGCUCGCACGGAGCCCGCUCUGUCGCAGGUGGACGUCCUGAGUGACAGCACCAGCUCCGCCACUGCCAAUGACCUGGACCUCAUCUUCCUCAAAGGCAUCAUGGAAAGUCCCGUGAAUGCCGAGAGUCCGGAGGAACCUCGUCUCGAGGCGGUGGGGGACAAAAACAUGGAGCUGCUGCAGGACAUCCUGAGGGACCUGAGUCCGAUCACGCAUCGCAGUAACACGGCCGCCGAGCUCUCGAACAUCCUCACCCAACCACAUUUCCAGUCUCUCCUGGAGACCCACGACUCGGUGGCGUCCAAGACGUGCGAGACUCCUCCGCCGAGCCCACAGGCGUCCGUGGAGCCGAACCUGCCGCCGGUCCCCGCUGACGCCGUGCGCAUGGUGGGCAUCCGCAAAGUGUCCGGGGAACACUUGGGCGUGACGUUUCGGAUCGAGAACGGAGAGCUGGUGAUCGCGCGGAUCCUGCACGGCGGGAUGAUCGAUCAGCAGGGUCUCCUCCACGUAGGGGACAUCAUAAAGGAAGUGAACGGUCAGGACGUAGGGGAAGACCCACGCGUUCUCCAGGAGAUGCUGCAGGAGGCCAGCGGCAGCAUCGUGCUCAAAGUCCUCCCGAGCUACCAGGAGCCUCAUCCUCCCCGACAGGUCUUUGUGAAGUGCCAUUUUGAUUACGACCCGGCCAACGACAACCUGAUCCCCUGUAAGGAAGCCGGACUGCAGUUCAGCAGCGGGGACGUUCUGCAGAUCGUCAACCAGGAGGACGUCAACUGGUGGCAGGCUCGACGGGUUCAGGGAGGAAGUGCCGGACUCAUCCCCAGUCAGCUGCUGGAGGAGAAGAGGAAAGCUUUUGUCAAAAGAGAUGUGGAGCUCCCACCAGCAGGUACACUGUGUAGCGGGAUCGGCGGGAAGAAGAAGAAGAAAAUGAUGUAUCUGACCACCAAGAACGCAGAUUUCGACAUGCACGAGCUGAUGAUCUAUGAGGAGGUGGCCCGGGUUCCUCCGUUCAAGAGGAAAACGCUGGUUCUGAUCGGAGCUCAUGGAGUCGGGCGGCGCAGUCUAAAGAACAAGCUUCUGGUUUCUGAUCCUCAGCUGUUCGGAACUACGAUUCCCUACACUUCCAGGAAGCCUAAAUCAGACGAGAGGGAGAACAGGAUGUACGCGUUCACGACCAGAAGCAAAAUGGAGGCUGACAUCAAAGCAGGCCGUUACCUGGAGCACGGCGAAUACGACGGAAACCUGUACGGUACCAAGAUCGACUCCAUCCACGAGGUAGCCGAGGCAGGACGUCUCUGCAUCCUGGACGUCCACCCGCAGGCGCUGAAGAUCUUGAGGACAUCAGAGUUCCUGCCUUACGUAGUUUUCAUCGAUGCUCCAGAGUUUGAGGUGCUGAAAUCCAUGAACAGAGCGGGCAUCGAGGCUGGAGUGGUCAGCAAAGAGCUAACGGAUGCUGAGUUGAACAGGAUACUGGACGAGAGCUGGAGGAUUAAGAGGGCGUACGGACACUACUUUGACCUGUCCGUCGUAAACGACAGCCUGGACGGGACGUACAGCAGUCUGAAGGAUGCCUUAAAGAAGCUGAGUGGGGUUCAGCAGUGGGUUCCGGUUAGCUGGGUGUUUUAGAAAACUGUCCUCAUUCAUGAACUCCAACCCUCAUGCUUUCUUUUUAUCGACUUCACACGGACGCUUAUUUAUUUAUUUAUCUAUCUAUCUAGCGAUCAGUGAUAAACCCGAGCGAGAGUGUGUUUUGUAGCUUCUCCCCGCCCUUCUCGCACAUCGCCGUACAGUUACAGCGGUCACGGCGAAACGCGGUUUCUGAGUGGCAAGCGUUUCUGCUAAAAAAAAAAACUAAUUUAAAAAAAAGGCUGCGUCUCAAAUCGCACAUCAAAUAACACUACUGUUUACAUCACGUAUUUUUAACAAGAAGAGAAAUUUAACUCCACCUAGGACGAGUCUGAGUCUAAUCACCAAUAUUGUAGAUUACUAUAGCGUUAAUAAGCGUUAAUAAGCAGUAAUAAGCAUUAGGUGGCAGUAUGUGAUUUGAGACACGGAAGUUACGAGUAUUUAAUAUAACUGCACUAUUAUGGCACCGCUUUAAAAAUCACUGGCCCAGCAGCCACGAGCAAAUAACAGCGAAGCCAGUCGUUACUCAAGUCGUUUCAGCAAACAAGCAAAAAAAUCCAUCCAAGAUGGACUCUAAACUCCGCCUCUGAAGAGCUCAAUGAAGAGCACAACCUGUCCGUUUCAUACUUCCUGAAACGUCCUGCUCCUCAAACACGCCCGUCCCUGAUCACGAAGACCAACUCUGCUGUCGGCGGCUGAACUUCUAGAAGCUAAACGCUUCGAACAAAAGCAAAAAACGAUGUCACUGGACGGACAAACAGCGACCUCUAGCUCGCGUGAUCAGAUUAGACAGAAAAGCGUAGGGUGGCUGAUUGGCCUACGUUUCAAAUCGAAUAUAAAGUUAACGCUAUUAAAUUGAGGUCUUGUCAAAAGGUAUAUUUUUGACCAGGAAGUACGUUUAUAUACGUGGCUAUUCUGGUCUACACAGUGAGGAGUAAUCGGCGCCCGGGCUCGCCCGAGUUCACACGCCCAGGUGCGGAUGUGACCGUCGUAUAUAAAACAAGCCAAAAAUAACCAGGACCAAAUCAUUAAGGACCAAAUGUUUUACACCAGUUCUUGGUGGUGGACUCGCACGUAAAGACACGUACCGUAGUCUCGCUUUCAGAAAAAUCACAUCCGUUUCACACGUGAUGACGUGAACGUCUGUGUGUGUAUAUAUAUAUGAAUAUGGAAUAUAUAUAUAUAUAU